GCCAAGUAUUGCCCGAGGUCUGCUUACCUGACACUGAACGGACUAUCGAGAACCCAACGCUACCUCCGUCUCUCCUCCUCUUCUGCCUCCCGCCCUCGCAAAAGGUUCGCAGAAGGAAAAAAGAGAAAAGACCGGCUGAGUCUACGCAGUACUUCCAGACGUACGCAGUACGCAGUGACUGACUGACAGGAGUUCCAAACUUCCAACACGCCAAUGCGCACCGCCGAACCUGCGGAAGCUCCACCGCCGCAACAUACCGUUUGAUUUUCCCGCCUCUUUUUUUCAACUUCCCUCUCACGACGUCCAUCGACCACCGACCCGACCCGACACGCACACUAUUGCCUUUUGCCUAUCAAACCAUAUCUGCUAGUACACACCACACAACGGGUAGUUUUGAACCUAAUUCAAAUCCAGACGGUCAGAGCCUGCGGGAAGAUUGUCAUCACCUCCUGUCCUCCACGUCUUGUCAUCCAAGGUAUCCCGCAUCACUUCAGUUCAACCAGUCCAGUCAGUCAACCAGUGACCAUUGUCAGUCACCGCCACGGUGGAUUCCCACGGUACUGGAGACUCCAAAGGGCCCACGACCAAUCUCGCUCUACCACUCCCACGAGCUCAGCCCGCCACGACCGCCCUGCCUCUGGUCUCCAUCAAUCCGCAUCGUCACCCACUCAGAUGCGCCAUUGUACCAAGGGACCCCAUAGUACCUACUAAAGUAUCUUUUCGCCAGAACUACGAAUCUCCAUCGCGGCUCGCCUUUGUCCUCGAUCGGAAAACUCUGCAACGGCUGCCAUAGGCGGUGGGAACGCAACCGCGACAACUGAAAGAAGACCACGAGUCCACCAGCCCACGCGACGGCCCCAUCAACGCAAACCAUCCACAAGUUAACUGUCCAACCAGCCAUUACCGAACCGACACCACACCUUAGACAAGCAUUAGCCUGCAGAGGAGGCGCCCAGCAUCACUUACGGUUUACCUCGCCUCGACGAAAGCUGUCGUUCUUUGCUCCAACUAUCCCAUCCCGUAUUCUCGACUUUUCUAUCUCGACUCUCUUUUCCUCCCCUUCUUCUUUCCCCCCGCCAAACAUUCAGAGCUUCUCCUGCUGGCCCUGUCUGUCUGUGUCCCUCGCUUACGGCCAGCAACCCACGUUACGUUUGCCUUGCUGGCCGUCUUCGCCUACACUGCCGCUAACCUCGCCAACGGCUUGUAUGACGCUGCGCCAUCCUCGCCUGCCAAUUACGCGCCGCGGCUUUGUCGGACAUCACACACCACUCGAACUGCCGGUUACGAAGAUAUUCGCGCAAGCUUGCAGCUAGAAGGAUUGGACGACUGCUACCCGACGCUCAAACUCAUAACUUUCCUACUCCAGCCUUUUGCGUUCCGCCCGAUUCAUUAGGACUUGCACUCUGCACUGACGAAUUCGCCCAACCCCGAACUUUUUCUCCAAAAAAGCCUCGAAUCCGCCAGAACAAAGCUUUAGAACCCCUCCGCUUUUCUGAUCUCACCCCGCGAACAGUUGCACCACCACCGACCCUAUCCAUCCGAGGUUUUUCGAUAUCGAGCGGAAUUGCGCGCCAACACGAACUCAUUCGACUGCGUCCAUGUGUCAGAGCCCAAAGUCAUGGCAUGGUUGUCAUCGGUGUCUAGUUAACCACCCUACGCCCCUCGCCAAACCUCCGUGGUGGUGAAUCUCCCUCGAGCUCCCCAGGUUGGUCGCCACUUCUCGCCGAGCAUGUCAUCUGCCGAUGCCGCAGAUGAUAGCGUCCCGGAUCGCGGUCCGGCAGUUUUUGCCGUGACAGCUGCAACAUUCGUCUUAGCGAGUGUUAUGGUUGCUGCCCGUCUGUUCUGCCGGCGGUGGAUUGUCAGAAAUGUCAGCUGGGACGACAAGAUUAUGUUCUUUGCCUGGAUGAUUGCCUUUGGAUUGUCCUUCACCAUUUGUUUUGGUACACGAAAAGGCUUGGGUCGCUACGACGACGAUAUACCCUCGGGCCACUGGAAUUCUUUACGGGCGUGCGAAUAUGUUUUUUCAAUACUCUAUAAUCCUGCCUUGAUGGCGACCAAGACCAGUAUUCUGAUCUUCUACCUCCGCCUCUCCAAAAAUACGAAAAAGGUGCUUCGGUUUGCAUCUUGGGUGACUCUGGGCAUUGUCAACCUAGCAGGGGCUGUAUUAACCCUCAUCAACAUCUUCCAAUGUCGGCCGGUUCAGGCAGCAUGGGAAAUAUGGCGGGACACUUCACAAUGCAUCCCGCUGUUGACGGAAUUCAUCUGCUCUGCUCCCAUCAACAUUGUAACCGAUCUAGCCAUCCUAGCCUUGCCAAUCCCCGUUCUCACGGGUAUGCGGUUGCCACCGAGGCAAAAGAUUAUUCUCGUACUCACCUUCACUAUCGGCAUCUUCGUCACUAUUGUGGACGUCGUCCGAAUCUACUACCUACAGCAAGCCGUCAGCUCUGUUCCCACCGGCGGCGUGUCUAGCGAUCCGAGUUCUCACUUUGGCGGCACACCCGACUUUGCUUGGAACUCGUCCUUGUCAUUUAUGUGGUCUGCCGUAGAGGUUAAUGUGGGUAUGGCUUGCGCGUGUAUCCCUACUCUCAAGCCAUUGAUCAUCAAGAUCUUGCCUGCCAUGAUCAUCGACCCGGAUGGAACGAGAUCGAGCACGCAGACCGAAAAAGACGCCUUAGACAGCCCUAGAAACCGCACCGGCAGCGACGGCCUUGUAUCACCGACAAGUCCGAAUUACCGUGGCUCAGUCAACAUCCAAGAGCCCCCCGCAACACAUCGAACCAGUCGAGAUAUGAGCGCAGCGGCAAACGCGGCUGUGAACGACAUGACAGCACUCGAGUUCUUAACAACACCAGAUAUGACGUUGGCCGAAUAUGAGGCCACCGGGGCGGGCAGGAUCGGCGGCGUUGCCAACCGAGCCUCUAUCGCAACGAGCAGAGAAAACACCAUUUACUUCGGCUUUGUCAACAUGAAGCGCCCCAAGAGCAUGGUCAAGUGUGACGCUCAAGAAUCACUCCGAUACUGCCUGGUGGUCACAAUCCUAUUUGUGAUGUGGGGCAUUUCCUACGGUCUGCUCAACACCCUCAACAACGUCAUCUCCGGCGUGUCAGGCAUGACUGUUGCUCAAACUUUAGGCCUCACAACCGCCUACUUUGGCGGUGGUUACUUUUUUGGUCCCUUGUUGGUGGGAGAGUGGAUUCUUAGGCGAGACGAACAUCAUCGAAGAAACCGCAAGAACAACAAACGCGACGCGGAGAGUGUUGGUGGCUUCAAGGUCACUUUCAUCGUCGGGCUUUGCUUCUACGGUGUAGGAACCAUCAUUUUCUGGCCAUCCGCUGUCACCAAGUCCUGGGGCGGUUUCCUGCUCAGCAAUUUCGUGGUCGGCUUUGGUUUGUCUGUCCUCGAGACAGGAGCCAACGCAUUCUUGAUUCUCUGCGGGCCGCCAGAGUACGGAGAAACACGACUGCUUCUCGCCCAAGGCGUACAAGGCGUGGGCUCCGUUCUGAGCGGCCUUAUGGCUCAAAGAGUAUUCUUCACCAAGAUCACCAACCAGGGUGGCUCAGACUCUGUGACGUUGCUGAACGUACAGUGGACGUACCUCGCCAUCACACUGCUCUGCGUCGCCCUAGGCCUCUUCUUCUACUACAUGCCGCUCCCAGAGCUGAAUGACAACGAGCUGCAAGAAUCGGCAGACCGGCUUCCAGUCAAUCCUCAGAAGCGUAGCAUCGGCGGCUUGCAAUUGCGCACAUGGAGUUUGAUCCUGGCCGUCCUCGGUCAGUGGACCUAUGUCGCUUGCCAAGAAAGCAACAACAUUUUCUUCCGCGCACUCACAAUAGCCAUCCUCCCAAACCAGGAAGACGGCGGUGUUGCGGCUACGAAUGCCGACACAAACCCAGGCGAGAACAGUGACAAGCCUCCGGGGCUCACUAUAGGAGUUACAGAUUAUCAUCUCAUUGCGCACAGUGUUUUCGCCAUUUCGCGAUUCAUUGUUGCUUACCUCACAUAUCUCUCGGUGCGCAAUCCGCGCAUGCCGAAACCAAGAACGUGGCUGGCCAUCAGCGUCGGUCUCUCCACCUUGUUCGCCCUCCUCACUGUCGUCUUGCAGCCGUCGGAUCCGAACCUCCUCAUGAUUGUCGUCAUUCUCUUUUACUUCGCCGAAGGACCUGUUUGGCCCCUGAUCUUCGCCAUCGGCCUUCGCGGUCAAGGCAGGCGUACUAAGCGUGCUGCCGCCUUCAUCACCAUGGGCGGCUCAGGCGCAGCAUUCUUCCCAUACAUUGUCUACGCCGUCAUCAACAGCGGCGUAUCAGUGCAACUUUCUUUCGUCAUCAUCGUCGCCCUAUUCGUUCUCACAGGCUUCUACCCCAUAUGGCUUGCCUUUGUGCGCGACGCCAAGACGAUGACAGACCCUGCACACUCCUACAUAUCCCCCGAGGAGCGUGUUUCCGGACAGGACGAGAUCGACAUCAAUAGCCAAAUCAGGAGGCGCAGGCGGACGCUUUCCACGAUUGCAGCCAAGAGCAAGCGAGGCAGCAUUUUCAGCAAGAUUUCUCCCUUUGGGAAGACCAACGGCGAGAGCGUUACGCCACCAGCAGUAGAGCAUUCCGAAGAAAAGAAUGGCUCUAGUAAAGGAUCUGAGGGGAGCAACGAUACCCAUCAAUCUCAGAUAGUAUGAGCGAGCGACAUGUUUCGAUUAUUUGUGCGACAAUAGGCCUACGGGCCUUUUAUAUUAAUUGCUAUAUACCCAAUGAUAAUGACGUUCAAUGAAUAAAAGUUAUGAUUAACAUUCC